GACAGACCUCAGCCACAAAGGGACAGCGGGAGGCACAGAGACAAGUCCCAGCUCGAGCAGACCUGUCGAGCAGCUCAAAGUUCCUGGAAGAACAGAGACAGAUUGACCGCCCUCCAUUGAUUGAGGGAAGACCUGUCAACAUUGCAAUGGAUGCUGGGAUGGGAUGGAGAGUGGGAGUGUUGCUCUGGGCUCUCCUGUUCCUGGGGGGUGUGGGGGCUAUCUGCCAGACGGGCAGUGCCAGCGAAUGCCACCGUGCGUCCCCGGUACCAGGGACCAGUCUGGCCGGGGAGGGUUUUGAUGUGGUGACGCUGGCCCCCAAGGGGGCGUACGUGGUGGACGUGGAGAGCUGGAGUCGACCAGAUGGGGCCUGCAUCCUCUGCAGGAACUCACUGAUGAGGGGUAGACGGCAGCGCCUCCCCCUGGCCGUGAAGGAUUGGCGAGCCCAACGUAAAUGCCGCCGGGCCGUGUCCAGCCAGCUCUUCCACUCAGCCUCUGAGUUCAGCAAUUCGUUCAGCUCCAAGGUGGAUAAAAGCUGGAGUGUUGGUCUGAAGAUAUCCGCCUUCUUCAUGUCAGCUAGUUUCACAGUGGCUGGUUCCAAGUCCACUGCCAUGUCUUUUGCCAGUAAGAAAGCCCAAUCAGCCCACUACAGCUUUUCCAGUCAGAAGUUCCAUUGCCGCCUUUACCGUUACCGUCUGAGGAACCCCCCGCCUCUGGCAUCUGAGUUCUCCGAGCAGCUCAAGCAAAUCACCAGCAGCUCCUAUCAGGGAGCCAAGCCCCAGUAUCGCCAGCUAGUGGAGACUUUCGGGACGCAUUACAUCCGGUUAGUGGAGCUGGGUGGCUCCUAUGAGGACGUGACGGCCAUCCGCACCUGUAAGGCCUUUUCUCAGGGCUUCACUGCUAGAGAGGUGGGGAACUGCCUCAGUGUGGAGGCCAGUGUUAGCGUACUCGGAUUUGCCGGUGCAUCAACUCAAACAGGUAACUGUAAGAAGGAGGCCUCGGCCCGUAGCCACGCCCAAAGCUUCCACCAGGCCUUCAGCGAGAGGCUGACAGAAGUCUCCGGAGGCCAUGCCACUGGGCACACAGACCUCCUCUUCUCCUCCGAUCCUCGUGCCUUCACCAGCUGGCUGAACAGUCUGACGGCCUCACCAGGCAUCAUACACUACCGGCUGGCCCCCCUCCAUCUCCUGCUGCCCAGAACCGACAUUCGCCGGGAACAUCUGAGGCGCUACCUCAGUGAGUACAUUAUGGCCAACGCCGUGAAGCGGGACUGCUCCAAAGCUCGUUGCCCUGCUGGCAAGCGCAAGAACCGCUCUGACUCCUGCUCCUGCCUCUGUCAGGAGAACAAUUGGGUGGACCGCGUCUGCUGCCCCAGGCAGGAGGGCAUGGGACCUCCGACGGAAACCAUUAUGAAGGGCCAUGAGUUUCAAUGGACCAAUCAGUCCUUCCCCUCACACGGCACUACCACCUCCUCUCCUUCGGGGAACACCCUCCUCAAAGUUAUCUACCCCUGAGCUUUGUCCUCUCACCAACCUCACUCCCAGGCCCAACUUGGCCUUUCUAUUCUCCCUGGUCCUGGUGCCAUAGUUUCCCUCUCCCUCUAAUCAUCAGUCCCAUUGUCCAAACAUUUUAAGACCAAAAGACCAUAAGAUAUAGGGGCAAAUUUAGGCCUUUCAGCCUAUCAAGUCUUCUCCGUCAUUUGAUCAUGGCUGAUCCAAUUUUCCUCUCAGCCCCAAUCUCCUGCUCUCAUGCCCUGACCAAUCAAGAUUCUGAUCCCCUUGACCCUGUGAGCAUGAUCCUCUGACUCAUUAGACCCACUGCCCUGAACUUUACCCUUUCACCCACUCUGGCCAGAGGAACCUCUUUCUUCCAGACAGCUCCCUCAUGUUCGUUCUCCGAGUCUUUACCCUCCCACCCACUCUAGCCCAGGGAAGCCCUUUCCCUGAGACCACCCCCUCACGCCUGUUCUCCUGAUCUUUGCUACCAUUGCCAGCCCAUGCACCCCCCCCCUGCCAUGUCCUGGGCUCAUCUUCUGAGAGAGACCCCUCACUGCCCUCAGACCCUUCCCAAUGCCUUGGAUCACAUGGACACUAGGAAUUCCCAGUGGGAGUCAGAGAGAGAACUGCCCAUCAAUCCAGGCUCGCUUAAUUGCACCAAGCAUUUUGUUA